AUGGAUGACUUAGCACAAUCUUGGAAUAAACUAACACUUUCCGAGAGAGAAGGGCCUGGUUGUUGUUUGACCAAUGAAGAGAGUGUAAAGGAAUUCUCUAUAGUAGCAAAGUUUCUUACACGAAGAGCUCUCAAUAUUGAGGCGAUAGCUAGGACUUUUACACCACUUUGGGGAGCUCGAAAUGGAUUCAAAAUUCAGGCUUUCGGUGAUCACAAAAUUCUCUUCACUUUUGAGAAUAAGGAGGAUGUUGACAGAAUUCUAAGUAGCGAAUCGUGGAGUUUCAACAAACAUCUUGUAGUCAUGCAACGCCAUGAGAAUGAUUUGUCGUUACAAGAUAUUACUUUCAAUAAGACUACUCUUUGGGUGCAGGUACAUGGACUCCCAACCCGAUUCAUGAGCUUUGAAGCAGCUGGGAAAAUCUGUGGGGUUGUGGGAGAGGUGUUGCAGCCAUCCGGAAAUAAGGUGUAUGAUGGAGGAAGCUUUAUGAGGGUCCAAGUGUCCAUUGAUUUAAGUCUGCCUUUGUGCUGA